AUGGACGCGGGCCGGAAACGAGCCAUAUUGCUGAGCUCGGUGGGCAGCAAGACGUACAGUCUGAUGAGGAACUUAUUGAGUCCUGAUAAACCGGGGGAUAAAUCGUUCACGGAGUUGACGAGCUUGCUUCAGUCACAUUAUAACCCGAAGCCGAGUGAGAUAGUCCAAAGGUUCAAGUUAAAUUCAAGGACUAGAAUGGCCAAUGAAACGGUAACGGAGUAUGUCACAGUGCUGAGGGAGCUGGCGCAACACUGUAAUUAUGGUGACAGACUGACAGAAAUGCUACGUGAUAGGCUCGUAUGUGGCAUUGCAGAUGACCGCAUACAACGCAGAUUGUUAGCGGAGCCUGAGUUGUCGUUUGAAAAGGCCUUGAAGCUGGCACAGGCCAUCGAGACAGCGAAUAAAGACAUUCGUGAUUUACAACCAAGAACAAUCGAGGGGGUUGGGAGCAGGAGUGCUACCCCACUGCCAGUGCAUAAAGUGGUAAUGGAGCAUAAACCACAAGGGAAGUCUGGUCAGUAUGCCUGUUACAGGUGUGGCGGUGAACAUCUGUCACGGAACUGUCGUUUCUUAAAUGAAAAAUGUCAUGCUUGCGGAAAAAAGGGCCAUGUGAAGAAAAUGUGCAGGUCAAUGCCCUCUAGGGACCAGCAGAGAAAGGGGGAGGAAAAAAGCAGCAUAACGGACAGAAAGGGAAACCGGAAAAUAAAACAGCAGUAUGCACACCACAUGCGUGAAGGUACAGAUCAAGAAACCAGGGAAGAAGAGGAAGUGUUUACUAUGUUUAACAUGAAAGAGGCAAGGAUGGAAAGAGUCGAUCCCAUUACAACCCAGUUGGACUUAAAUGGUUCAGUGACUUUGAAAACAUAUACAGGUGAAACAGUUCCCACACUAGGGAUGGCAAAAGUAACUGUAACACAUAAAGACAAAGUCAAACAGUUGCCAGUCAUGGUGGUGGCAGGUAAUGGACCAAACCUGUUAGGCCGGGCGUGGCUAAAGGAGCUGGAAAUGGGCUGUCUACAGCUCCAUAAAGUAGAACAGCAUGUGCUGACCUUGCAAGAUGUGCUGGAGAACAACGAAGAAAUGUUCAAAGAGGAACUGGGUACCUGGAGGGGUCCACCAGCAAAGAUACACGUCAAAGAAAACGCAACGCCAAGAUUUUACAAACCAAGACCCGUACCAUACGCAAUGAAGAAGAAAGUGGAGACUGAGUUGGAGCGACUCACCAAGCAAGGUAUAAUUGAACCAGUAAAGUUUGAAUGGGCGGCACCCAUUGUUCCAGUAUUAAAGCCAGAUGAUACUGUACGCAUAUGUGGUGACUACAAGCUAACGGUGAACCAAGUUUCGAAGCUGGAGCAGUAUCCAAUACCAACGGUGGAGGAUGUAUUUGAAAAGCUGUCGGGAGGUGAAAAGUUUAGCAAACUGGACCUCAGUCAUGCAUAUCAACAAGUCGUUCUGGAGGAAGGGUCUAAGUCAUAUGUCACCCUUAACACACACAAAGGUUUGUUCCAAGUAAAUCGUUUACCCUUUGGUGUUUCCUCUAGUCCAGCUAUUUUCCAGAGAAUAAUGGAGGGACUGGUGGCAGGAAUUCCGAAGGUGGCUGUUUAUUUGGACGACAUCCUGUUGACGGGUAGGAACAACCGCGAGCAUCUGGAGACUCUGAACGAGGUGCUGAGGCGACUGCGAGAGGCUGGUCUGCGGGUGAAGCGGAGUAAAUGUGCUUUCAUGGAAAAGGAAUCAGAGUUCCUGGGUUACAAGGUGGAUGCAUCGGGCCUACACCCCCUGCCAAACAAGGUAAAAGCCAUCCAACAGGCACCUGCACCCACAAAUGUUACAGAGCUGAAGGCCUACUUAGGCUUACUCAACUAUUAUAACAGGUUCCUACCAAAUCUGUCAACGCUGUUAGCUCCUUUACAUAAACUAUUAAGGAAGGAGACCCUGUGGACGUGGCAGGAGGAACAGGACAGAGCGUUUGAGCAGUCCAAGGAACUAAUGCAGUCCUCAGAGGUUUUGGUGCACUACGAUAGUCACAAGGACUUAAUUCUGUCAUGUGAUGCCUCACCUUAUGGGUUAGGGGCCGUGUUGGCACACCGUAUGCCAGAUGGACAAGAAAGACCCAUCGGGUUCAUGUCACGAACCUUAACACCAGCGGAGUCAAACUAUUCCCAGCUAGACAAAGAGGGUUUGGCUGUAAUUUUUGGAAUUAAGCGGUUCCACAAAUACCUUUAUGGCAGGAAGUUUACUGUUUGCACCGAUCAUAAGCCCUUGUUGUCACUGUUCAGCGAGAUGAAAGCCGUGCCUCAGAUGGUUUCUGCCCGCAUUCAGAGAUGGGCUGUAACAUUGAGAGCUUAUGAAUAUGAGAUUGUUUAUAAGCCCGGGAAACACCAUAGCAAUGCGGACGUGCUGAGCCGUCUGCCGCUACCGGGGCAUCUCAAGGAAGAGGAAACGGAGGACCGAGUUUUGAUGAUGGAGGACAUCACGUUGGUGUCAGCGAGGGAACUGAGUGAAUGGACACGAAAAGACACGGUGCUGGCUCGAGUGUUUCAGUGGGUCCAGCAAGGCUGGACAACACAACAAACUGAUCCAGUUUUUCGGCCCUAUGAGGUGAGGAAAACAGAGCUGAGUGUGCAAGAUGGAUGCAUGUUGUGGGGGGCACGAGUGAUAAUUCCGCCCCCAGGAAGACGUGCACUUUUACAACAGCUGCACCAGGGUCAUGUGGGCAUCACCCGAAUGAAGGCCUUAGCACGAAGUUAUUUCUGGUGGCCCAAGUUGGACCACGACAUUGAAGUCGCUGUGAAAGAGUGUAACACCUGUCAACAACAUCGCAACUCACCUGUGGCGGCACCACUACACCCAUGGGAGUGGCCGAGUAGACCUUGGCAGAGACUUCAUAUAGACUAUGCAGGGCCUUUUAUGGGGGCAAUGUUUUUGAUAAUAAUGGAUGCUCAUUCUAAAUGGAUGGAUGCCUACCCAGUCAAAACAACUACUUCCACCACUACCAUUGAAUGCCUGAGGAAGAGUUUCAGUAGCCAAGGACUACCAGAGACUAUUGUAUCAGAUAAUGCUUCAUGUUUCAUGAGUGGAGAGUUCAAGGGUUUUCUGGAAAAAAAUGGCAUCGUACAUGUCACAUCAGCACCAUACCAUGCGGCUUCAAAUGGCUGUGCUGAAAGGGCUGUCCAGACCUUUAAAGCAAUGAUGACAAAGGCUGGAGAUGGAAGUAUGGCAGCAAAAGUGUCAAGGGUGUUAUUCAACUACCGCAUUACACCCCAGUCUACGACCGGAUUGUCACCUGCCGAGAUGUUGCAAGGACGGAGAUUAAGGUCAACAUUGGAUCUGGUGCAUCCAAACAUCCGAGCUAAGGUGGAGAGGACACAGUGGAGGCAAAAAGAACAUCAUGAUCGACGACGGAGAGAGAGAAGUUUCCUUGCGGGAGAUGCAAUGAUGACUCGAAACUUCAGCUAUGGACCUAAAUGGAUUCCAGGGUUCAUUGUCAAGAGCACAGGUCCACUGUCGUACCAGGUGAGGUUGAAUGGAAGUUUCUUGGUGAGGAGACAUGUGGACCAGAUUCUGCGGAGCGAACAGAAGAAGGACUUCAUGGAACUGCAAGCCCCGGAAAUACCAUUAGUUUCGGGAGAAGGGCUCGCAGAGGCAGGAGGAUCUCCAAUCCUGGGUCCCGAGGAAGACCGCCAGGACUCGGAAGGAGAGGUUCCCGAGGACCCAACCUUUCCAGGGAUGGACACACCUGUACCAGAGGUGAGAAAGUCCAGUGUAGUUCCUACAGAGCAAGGUCAAAUUAAGGAAAACACAAAACAAUUAGAGUACAUUAAAUUUCCAGUGCAGACAAGUAAAACAUGGGUUCUCUUUAGCCAACAUCUAAUGCUGAAAAACAGCAAUCAUGAUGUUACCAAGUCUGGAUAUUUUGUAAUAGCAGUGUUCCAAAUGAACUUGGAAAAUUGUGAAAUACAGCAGUAUACAAAGCUGUAG